UUUCGAGUCUUAUUUUUUCAUAACAAAACAAAAAUAUCGUGAAAAAUACGUGGUUUACGUUUUUUUGUGUUUCCUGUGAAUUCGUGAGAGUACUGAUCACAAGAGAGGAAAAAAAAUAAUAGUGAGCCAUGGAAUUACAAGAGAUGUUCCGUUACGGAUAUAUGUAUCCACCGCAAGAGGAUGUUACCCCAACUUAUUUGGAAUUGCCCAACUAUCCUUAUUUAAAGAAGGAAAUUUGUCUACCACCAGUUAGUACAUUGACAGUUCCACAGUGUGUACCAUAUGACAAUAGUAGCGAUGGUUGGCAUACACCAAGUCCUGCGGCUAGUUUGAGAUCCGUCAGUCCAACCACGACAUCCGUUUCCUCAGAGUCCGAGAGCGGAACACUCAUCACCGGAAGAAGGGGGUCGAACUUUCAACAUGAGAAAAGAUACGAGACUCUUUCAGUUUCCGUCAAUUCAAUGAAUCGAAUCCAACAUUAUCCACAUCAUCAUCAUCAUCAUACAGUUUUGAUGCAAGAUGACGUACUGGAAAAGGAGAGAUCGUCGAGACAAAGUGUUAUCAGUAAUGGUAGUAGUCUUGAGGAUAGAAUGGACCUUGAGGAGAGCGAUGGUGCCGAGAGUGAAAAUGAUCAGGAAUGUAAUGAGCCAAGGAGACGAGGGAAAUAUGUGAGUUCAACGAUUGUUAAGAAGAGAAGAUUGGCUGCCAAUGCACGUGAGAGACGAAGGAUGCAGAAUCUUAAUAAGGCAUUUGAUAGACUAAGAACUUAUCUUCCAUCGUUGGGUAAUGACAGGCAGUUGUCAAAAUACGAGACACUGCAAAUGGCACAAUCAUACAUUACUGCCUUGUAUGAUUUACUGCAGUAGUUUAUUCCGGAAGAAGAGUGAUUUCUGUACAUAAAAGGGAGAAUCCAGAAGACUUCUGUGAUACAUUAUUGCAAAAAAAAACUCUUUAUAAUGAUAGUGGAGUUGAUUGCGUGGAUCGAUAUAUAUUUUUGUAAGAUAAUUUGUAUAGAUAUAUAUUUAUAAAAAUAUUUCCAAGUUUCUAGAUUAGAAACAAUUGUAAAUUUUGUAAAUUGUUUUCUCUUCAUUGUAAAUUUUAUUUGAGAUUAAAUAAUUCAUUUUGACUUUGAUAAAAAUCAAAUUUUCUAUUGUUGAUUGCUUUCUGAUGUCAAUAUAUAUAAAGAAAGUUGCUCAAGAGGCAAAAUUUGCCAUGUAAUGUUUUGUACCAUUUACCUACUUUUGUAGAAAACGACACAAAAUUACAUUUUUCAUGCUAAAAAAUAUAAAAUUGUUUUAUAAUUUUGCUAAAUUUAUUUAUAAAUUUUUCUAUAUUGAAUUUUUGAUUCUCGUAUAUUCUAUUUAAUAUCUUCGACUGCAAACAUGUAAACUGCGCCAGUACUUAAAAUCAUCUGCUUUUCUCCGAUUUAAUUUAUUGAUCUAAUUUUUGACCAAUUUGACAUUCUUUUUUGUAAAAAAAAGAUAUUUGUGCAAUUUCA